UUUUAAACUUUAAACCUCUUCACACAUUUUAGUCAUCGUUUUCCUUCAUACCCUCCAAAAGUCCCCCUCUUCUUUUCAAUAAAUCAAACCUACAACCGGCACUAAUGCCGGUAAUCAUCGAAUUCCAUGCCGAAAAAUGAAAAUUCUAACACCAUUCCCCAUACUUACCCCAACCGUUGACCGGUUCUCCCGGUUAUCUUCUUCUUCUCCUACAAUGGCGAGUUCCGGCGUUGAGUUGGAUGUUCAGACGAGUCGCACUGAGUUGAACUCGGAAUUGGCGAAUAUUGAAGAAGAAGAAGGAAGGAGGAGAGAGAAAGUGUAUGUUGCGGUGGGAAAAUCAGCGCAGAAGACUGUUUCUUUGCUUCAAUGGACGUUUCGUAAUUUCCAGAGUUCAGAUAUUUGUCUUGUUCAUGUUCAUCAGCCUUCUCCUUUUAUUCCUACGCUAUUGGGAAAACUACUGGCAACCCAAGCAAAUGCAACUGUAGUGGCUGCAUAUAGGAAAGAGGAGAGAGAAAUUAUGAAGAAACUCCUACGUGCUUACUUGGACGUUUGCUAUAAAGCAAAGAUAAAAGCAAGCAGUAUAAUCACUGAAGAUGAGGAAGUUGACAAGGGACUUAUGAAUCUAGUGAUGGAACAUGGCAUCCAAAAACUUGUUAUGGGUUGUAUGAAGGUGAAAAAGCGUUCUCGUAAAGCAAAAUAUGCUGCCAAAAGUGCUCCUCCAUUUUGUGAGAUAUGGUUUAUCCAUAAGGGGAAACAUGUAUGGACAAGAGAAGCAUUCGAGAAAGUUACAACACCUACACCUUGUCAAGGUGAUGAGCUGAGGACAGAGAGUUUGAGGUCAAAAUCAUUCCAGUUUGAAAAGAGUGAGCCCCUAUACAGUCCAGUUAAACUUCAUUCUAGAUCUUCUCAUCUGAGCAUGCAGUGCUCUAGUAUGAAAGAUCGGAAUCAUAAUGAAUCCAUCAAUGAGGAUUUGCUACCACCUAUUUCAAAUAACCCUUACGACCCUGCAUAUGCUCAGAGCUCUACCAGCAAUGAUUCUGCAUCAAGUACAUCCACAGAAAAAAUAAUUUCCCCAGAUUCUGGUCAUAGAUUGGAGGAAGAAUAUUUGUAUGGUCAGCUUUUGGAAGCAAAAGCAGAAGUUGAAACAUCAAGGAAUGAAGCAUUUUUGGAAUUAUUGAAGCGCGAAAAAUUGGAAGCUGAAGCAAUGGAGGCAAUGAGAAAGGUGAAGGACAUUGAAUCUGCUCAAACUCGUGAAGCUGAGUUUAGAAAGGAAGCUGAAGAUUAUCUGAAUAACUUGAUGCAUGAACGACAAAGCCUUUUAAAGGAGAGACAAGAAGUUACAGGAGAGCUGCAGAAAACUAUGAGGAAUAUAGCUGCUCUUGAUAGUCGUGUCCAGGUGGCUAACGGCCGAUCUAAUGUAUUAGCUGAGGAGUUGGAUCUUAUCCAAGUCUGUAUUUCAAGUCUACGACAAGAAAGCCAGAGUAUUGGAAGACAGAAAAUGGAAGCUGAACGUUGGCUUGAGAAUUGGAGAAGUCGCAGGCAGACUGGUGGUAUGAACCGCCUUGGAUAUGGGGGGGUUUUAGAUGAUGUGCCUGAGUUAGUGGAAUUUUCUCUAUUGGAUUUGCAAGCCGCAACAUGCAAUUUUUCAGAUAGCUUUAAGCUUGGUGAAGGGGGUUAUGGUAGCAUCUACAAGGGAGAACUGCAGAGUAGGACCGUUGUCAUACAAAGAUUGCAUGCACACAACAUUCAAGGUCCAUCACAGUUUCAGAAACAGGUUCAGGUUCUUGGAAAACUACGGCACCCUCAUUUGGUGGCUUUAUAUGGUGCAUGUCCGGAGGCAUGGUCUCUUGUAUAUGACUAUGUACCUAAUGGGUGCCUCCGGUGGCGUCUUUUCCCGAAAAGCAACGUUCCACCUCUUUCUUGGAAGAUCCGAGCUAGAAUCAUCUCACAGAUUUCAACUGCCCUUUUAUUCCUCCAUACUUCACAUCCUGAAAGGAUAAUCCAUGGUGAUCUGAAACCUGAUUGCAUCCUUCUGGAUUCUGAUCUACACUGCAAAAUUUGUGAUUUUGGGUUCUCUAGAUUAAUGUCAGCAGACACCCUAAGUUUACCUAAUUUUCGCCAUUAUCCGGAACCCCAGGGUGCCUUCCCAUAUAGAGAUCCAGAAUUUCAUAGAACAGGCAAAUUGUCGCCGAAGUCCGAUAUUUACUCAUUUGGUGUGAUUAUAUUACAGCUACUAACUGGACAGCCUCCAGUAGGACUGAUAGCCAGUGUCCGUAGAGCAGUUUCGGUUGGAAAGUUAGAUUCAUUCCUGGAUUCAUCUGCAGGGGAAUGGGGUCCAUCUGUGGCAAAAAAAUUGGCAGAUGUUGCUUUGAGGUUCUGCGAACCAAACAGUCGGGAUAGGCCAGAGCUGACACCUUCUCUGGUGAAGGAGCUUCAACAGCUCCAUAUUAUAAAAGAGCGGUCAAUGCCUUCGUUCUUUCUGUGUCCUAUUCGUCAGGAUAUCAUGUGUGACCCUCAAGUAGCAGCUGAUGGGUUUACUUAUGAGGGAGAAGCCAUUCGCGAGUGGUUAGAAAAUGGUCGGGAAACUUCUCCUAUGACCAAUUUGAGAUUAGACCAUCUCUAUCUUACUCCAAACAUUUCCUUGAGGCUUUCAAUUCAUGAAUGGCUGUGCAAAUAUUGAAUCACCACGUACAGAUACAGUUAAUCCUUGCUCAUAACUUUUGUACAGAUGAAUUACUGACUAGGUGUUUCUUCCAGUGUUGUAGAUGGUGUGUUAAAGUAAACACCCUCUGUAUAUGAGAAAAUUGUCCCUGAUGGACCAGGAUUAUGUAAGAUAAUAGUGUGUAAGAAAAAUUGUACGGAAUAUGAAGUAAUAAGAUACAUUUUCUGUACCAUUUUCCCUUGUGCAAAUUCAAGAAAUAUUAAGCUAGGUAGAUUAUAUACUGUGUAUAGGAUGAGCACUAUCUGCUGACAGUGAGGUUCAAACUUGAUAUGUGAUGAUAUACCAUUUGGCAUUAUCCUACUGUUUUUAUUUA